AUUUGUAAGACAAAGUCCAUUCUGUGUGCCUGAAACAGUAAGUGGCACCAUAUGUUAGGCUGUUUACUGGAUACAUCUGGAUUUCAUUUGCCCAUAGGGUUUGUGUUUGCAGUUUUGUGUGUGUGUAGAUUGAAAAUGUGUUUACUUCGUAGUCGGUUCAGACUGCCUGACUCUCGCCUUACUCUCGGGGGUGUUAAAGUUGGAAUGGUAUUGCACAAACUUAUGUGCAAACACCGGCUUUACAGUGAGUACAGUGGUAAUCACAUCUUUUUUUUCUGCCUUUUGUCCAUGUUUUUGACGCAAGCACGGCUGAGGUGCGGCCAUGACGCGCUGGGAGCGCAACGACCGCUGAUUUGUCGAAAAACGGGAUCGAUCGCCUUCUCUUGGUUCACUUACCAAAGCCAAAUGUUUACCAAGGAUCACGCCCACCCGGGAGGUGGAGUAGAGGGUAGGGAGUGUUGUGGCGUAUGGGGUGGAGAGAGACAGCUCGUCCCUCUCCGUGGCCCUAUAUAAAGCGAGUGCCAGGGCUAGAUGGUUAUAGUUUGGUUUUUGGCAGUCUGGAAUCGAGUAGCUGCUUUUUAACUCAUCAUGACGGUCAUAACAGAAACGCAAGAGCCUUUGCUGACUUACUCGAAGUCUAGAGGGCUAGUGGCAUUAGUCACGGCUUUUAUGAAACAAAGGAGGAUGGGUCUGAACGACUUCAUUCAGAGGCUUGCCACAAACUCCUACGCCUGCAAGCAUUCCGAGGUUCAGUCCAUCCUGAACUUGAGUCCUCCUCAGGAUCCUGAGCUCAUGAACACAAACCCCUCUCCUCCUCCCAGUCCAUCCCAACAGAUCAACCUCGGCCCAUCAUCCAAUCCUUCGGCCAAGCCCAGCGACUUCCACUUCCUCAAGGUUAUCGGCAAGGGCAGCUUCGGAAAGGUUUUGCUUGCACGCCAUCGCACGGAUGACAACUUCUACGCUGUCAAAGUCUUACAGAAGAAGGCCAUUCUCAAGAAGAAGGAGGAAAAACACAUCAUGUCAGAGAGGAAUGUGCUGUUGAAGAAUGUCAAGCACCCGUUCUUGGUGGGCCUGCACUAUUCUUUCCAAACAGCGGACAAACUGUACUUCGUCUUGGACUACAUCAAUGGCGGAGAGUUGUUCUACCACCUGCAGAGAGAGCGCUGCUUCCUCGAGCCCAGAGCCAGGUUCUAUGCAGCAGAGAUCGCCAGCGCACUGGGAUACCUGCACUCACUAAACAUUGUCUACAGAGACCUGAAACCAGAGAACAUCCUGCUGGACUCCCAGGGACACAUCAUUCUCACAGAUUUUGGACUCUGCAAGGAGAACAUUGAACCCAACGGGACAACAUCGACUUUCUGCGGUACUCCAGAGUAUUUGGCUCCUGAGGUGUUGCACAAGCAGCCGUAUGACAGGACAGUAGACUGGUGGUGUUUAGGAGCUGUUCUCUAUGAAAUGCUGUAUGGCCUGCCUCCGUUUUACAGCCGCAACACAGCGGAGAUGUACGACAACAUCCUGAACAAGCCACUGCAGCUGAAACCCAACAUUUCCAACUCGGCUAGACACCUGCUGGAGGGCCUGCUGCAAAAAGACCGGACAAAGAGACUGGGCUGCUCCGACGACUUCAUUGAAAUUAAGAACCACAUAUUCUUUACCCCCAUCAACUGGGAUGACCUCAAUGCAAAGAAGAUCACCCCUCCCUUCAACCCUAAUGUGACGGGGCCCAAUGACCUGCGGCACUUUGAUCCGGAGUUCACAGACGAGCCGGUACCCAGCUCCAUCGGUUGCUCCCCAGACAGUGCACUCGUCACAGCCAGCAUCAAAGAGGCGGCCGAGGCCUUUGUGGGCUUCUCUUAUGCCCCAUCUAUGGACUCCUACCUAUAGGAUUUAAACACAGGCACUUAUCAUAGACACUAGUUUAGACUUAUCGGGCAUGAAACGAGGCAUGCCCGUGGACUUGCAUCGUGACCCCACUCAAUGUUUACCAUCAGAAUGAUGGACAUCUCCGAAACCCAACCCCGCGACAACUCUGCAUCUACAAAGACGUUAAACAUGUGUACUUUGCCACAUCCUCUGCAACUCUUGAAUGCUUGCCACAAGAGGAUGCCCAGUUGGAGCUCUGAUCCUCAAGCUUCACUACCUGCAGUCCCCUUUCAGCCUUCAGUUGUCCAUCUAUUUCCUGAUAGUGGAGGUCGUUUGCACACAGGACUCAGGCAGCUUAAAAGCUCCCCUUGAUCCCGACGCCACGAGUGACAAGCACACGUCCAAGCUCCCACCUUUUUUUUCAAAGAGAGGAAGGCCGGACCAGGCCCGGAGAAGAUUUCCAUUUUCAUCUCUGUAGCGAAAAAACCUUCCCUCUUGAGAUUUCUGCUACCACCUGUGAGGACCUUACCUUUUGAGCGCGAAUGAGUAGCUUGGAGAUGACAUUCAUUUUGGUGCUUUAGUUUCUUUUCAUGUACUUUCCGUGUGUUUUGAAAAGGGAGUUAUUUAAAAACCGAAUGUUACAGAGAGACAGAUGGGGUAAUUUAAGUUUUCUACAAGGUGCCUUUAUAUUUUUUUCUCUCCAUCAGAACUUACAUCAUUUGAGUUUGACUGUGUCGACACUAACAUCAGAGUUUUAUCUGCUCUGCACCUGAUUUUUUGUUUUUUUUGUUUUGUUGAAGUCACUAAGGAGGAAAGAUGUAGCACUAAGUUAAUCCAAUUCUUCUGUCUUUAACAUGUGACAUGUAAGAACUCGAAUGAUGUUUCACGUCUUCUUUUGCACAUAAAACAACAAUGCUGAUCGAGAGAUGGAAAGAGAGCGCACUGCUGCUGCUAGGUGGGGACAAGAGGGAUGUGUUGUGCAAUGUUUUGGGGAGAGCUGCUCGCUGACCGCAUUCCCCCUCAUUCCUCCAGUCUUCCACCCGCCACGCAGUAAUGUUAACGGUGGCCUGCGGACGGGCUGACAACACUUAAACUGAACAUUCCAUUUUAAUAUUGCUGUAAUGCAGUUUGACGGUAUUUAAGUUUGUUUGUAUAUUUGGAGUUCUGUGUACUAGUUUUAAUGUAUAUUCAACAACAAAAAAAUGACUAAAGGUAUGCUUAAAUAUGUAUACAGUAUGUAACAAUGUUAAAUGUACUGUAAAUUGUAAAAAUUGUUUAAGAUUUACGUGACCAUGUUCGGUUUGCAAUAAAAGUUUAACUUUAUUACACCUUAAAAA